CUUACUCGGCUUCCAUUUUGUUCCUUACUUUUUCUUCCGUGAAACAGUUGAGGUCUGGUCGGCGGGGUGGAAAUUAAUCGACUCGGAUGAUUAUCAAUCCGUCUGAAUAUCGAACGAACGCGCGCUGCGGUUUUUUUUUGUUUUGUUCGGAAUGAAGUAAGAGACUGGGGUCGGAUUUGAGCGGAUGAAGCGGUUGGGCAUGUCGGAGGUCCGCCGGGCCGGUCCGCUGCGCAGGUUUGGAACGCGCGCCAUUUUGUAAAAUUUACACAAAAAAGGAAGAAGUAGCUGGAGGAGGAUGAGCUCUCCCCCGAGAGACACGGCUCGCUCGCGGUCGGUUAACAUGUCCUUUUCGCCACUUGUGCGUUCCCAAUGCGUGUGUUUUGUCACGUUAUUAGGCGACGCGCGUCACUGACAAGCCGAUGCCUUUUUUUUUUCCCUUUUUUUUUUUUUUUUUUUUCCUCUCGACGAGGGUCAAAAUGUAGCUGUGUUGCUGAUCGGAUAAGUUUUGUGUUGACGGAGAGGCGCUGUUGAUUUGGAAAGGAGUUGACACAAAAGUCAGACGACUCAGGGGGGGCUUCAUCGAACAAUUACUAUACCGGAUUGUAAUAAAGAAGAAGAGGAGCGCGGAUUCUCGGCCGGGGAUCGCAUUUUGAAACGAUCAUAUAUAUAAAUAUAUAUUUUCUCUCGCAUCCACAGAAGGACACGUAGCAACAAGGCUUGAUAAAUGGCCUGGUCAUAUUUCUUGCAGAGCCUCACCAAUGAUCGUGCAAGUUGAAGAGAAAUCUGAAGAUCGACCGUUGAAAGACCCUGCCGAGGCACCAGGGCUUUUCUGCCUUACAUACAACUUCAAAGUUGGCUCAGUUAAGUGUGGUUUGCAGAUGGACUCCUCUGCCAGGAUGAUAUGAGAUUUGCCAGAGGACGAUGCAUACAGGAGGAGAGACCUCAGCAUGCAAACCCUCGUCUGUCCGGCUUGCUCCCUCGUUUUCGUUCAAUGCGGCAGAUGUGCAGAUGGCUGCGCAGACGCCCCAUUCUCACCCGCCAUUCAGUGACGUCCACCAGGCAAGCGCUGAGGCGCCGGCCCCCGUGCUGCCCUACGGCCCACAGGCCCCGCAGCUCAACACCACCCAGGUGACUGCUGAUGUGGUGAUGUUACAAAGGCGAAUACCCCAGUGCUUUCGGGAUCCAGCCACAGCCCCCUUAAGAAAGCUCUCCAUUGAACUGAUCAAAACUUACAAACACAUCAAUGAGGUUUACUAUGCAAAAAAGAAGCGGCGGCACCAACAGGGCCAAGGGGAAGACUCUAGUAAUAAGAAGGAGAGGAAAAUCUACAACGAUGGCUAUGACGAUGACAACUUCGACUACAUUGUUAAAAAUGGCGAGAAAUGGUUGGAUCGCUAUGAAAUUGAUUCAUUAAUAGGCAAAGGCUCCUUUGGACAGGUUGUGAAGGCCUACGACCGCUUGGAGCAGGAGUGGGUUGCCAUUAAGAUCAUAAAGAAUAAAAAGGCUUUUCUGAACCAAGCACAGAUCGAAGUACGGCUCCUGGAGCUCAUGAACAAGCAUGACACAGAGAUGAAGUACUAUAUCGUUCACCUAAAGCGGCACUUCAUGUUUCGAAACCAUCUCUGUCUGGUGUUUGAGAUGCUGUCCUACAACUUGUACGACCUGCUCCGUAACACAAAUUUCCGCGGGGUAUCGCUGAACCUGACGCGGAAGUUUGCGCAGCAGCUGUGCACGGCGCUACUCUUCUUGGCCACGCCUGAGCUCAGCAUCAUCCACUGUGACCUCAAGCCUGAGAACAUCCUGCUUUGCAACCCCAAGCGAUCAGCCAUCAAGAUCGUCGACUUUGGCAGCUCCUGCCAACUGGGACAACGGAUAUACCAGUAUAUUCAGAGCCGCUUCUACCGCUCCCCUGAGGUGCUGCUGGGCAUGCCGUAUGACCUGGCUAUAGAUAUGUGGUCAUUGGGCUGCAUUCUGGUAGAGAUGCACACCGGAGAGCCUCUGUUUAGUGGAGCCAAUGAGGUGGACCAAAUGAAUAAAAUAGUGGAAGUUUUGGGGGUCCCUCCCAGUCAUAUACUGGACCAGGCGCCAAAAGCAAGGAAGUUCUUUGAGAAGACGUCUGAUAGCACGUGGUGUGCGAAGAAGACCAAAGACGGGAAAAGGUAUAAGCCGGCAGGCUCGCGUAAACUGCACAACAUUCUGGGUGUGGAAGCUGGAGGGCCAGGCGGCCGUAGAGCGGGAGAGUCGGGCCAUGCCGUUGCUGACUAUCUGAAAUUUAAGGACCUGAUCUUGCGGAUGCUGGACUAUGACCCGAAAGGCCGCAUCCAACCAUACUAUGCGUUGCAGCACAGCUUCUUCAAGAAGACCGCUGACGAGGGCACCAACACCAGCAGCAGUGUGUCCACGAGCCCAGCACUGGAGCAGUCUCAGUCCUCUGGGACCACGUCCAGCACCUCCUCCAGCUCAGGAGGUUCUUCUGGAACAAGCACCAGUGGGCGUGCCCGCUCUGAUCCCACCCAUCAGCAUCGGCUUAGUGGAGGCCAUUUCAGUGCUGCGGUAGGGAUGGACUGCCACAACCUCUGCCCUCAGGCAAGGCAGGCGUUUGGACCCUCCCUGGGUUGGGUCGGUGGAGAUGGACUCCAGCAGGCAGCCGGAGAGACUCAUCCAGUUCAAGAGACCACGUUCCAUUUGCCUCCCCACCAACCCAAACCCCUCCACCCUCACAGCUCUCAUCACCAUCACCACCAUCCCCAUGCGCAUCACAGCCAGCAUGGGCAAGGCCCAGCACGCCCACGCCCUCGCAUGUACUCUCCAUCACACAGCGGCGCCUCCACGCAGGACUCCAUGGAGGUAUCGCAUGGCCACCUGUCCAUGACCUCGCUGUCUUCCUCGGCCUCGUCCUCAUCUACGUCCUCGUCAUCUACGGGCAACCACCAUCAUCACCACCCCCACCAGGCCUAUCAGAGUCGCCCGCUGCCACUGGGCAUAGGCUAUGGGCAUGCCUUUUCCAACCCACACCAGGAAACGGGCACGGCCGGACACGCUGCAUACCCACUCUCUACGAACUCGGGCUUCAUAGCCGAAACUCAUAUGGGCCUGCGCCAGGGCCUGGACCGUGAGGACUCGCCCAUGGCUGGUGUAUGCGUGCAGCAGAGCUCGGUGGCCAGCUCCUGACUACGCUGAGAGGACCGAUUUUUUUCCCUCCUCUGUGUGUGGGUUAAAAAAAAAAAAAAAAGCUGGUGUUUUUUUUUUUUUUUCCCGAAAAAGUGCAUAGAGAUUAAAAAGCUGCUGUAAAAGAGAAAGGAGAUGAUGACUGACGCCACAUGCGUGCUCAAAACUCCUCUCUGCUCACUUGCUGGAGGCCUCUGUUUCAGUCAGUUACCGGUUUUUGGCUUGGAACGUUUUUCAACUGAAUUUUCAUUUUAUUAUUAAAAGAAAUCAUACAUUUAUUCCUUUUCACUCAGCUCUUUUAAAUUGAGUAUUAACAUAUGCACCUUCCUGGCAACCAUGAAAUUAGGUUUCCAUUCAAGGUCUGGGAGAAGGUCCAGUGGUCUUGGAGAUGGGCGUUUCUCUGCCUGUAGUCACCAGAAAUGCAAUGUGUUUUUAAAAAAAAACAAAACAAAAAAAACUUCACUAACGGUUACUCUGUCAACUGCCAUUUUUUAUUUACCUUUUUUUUCCCUUUUCUUCAGCAGGCUUGUUUGUUGGAUGUCUCUCCCCCACCCCACCCUUCAUGUGUAAUUCUCUGAUUUUGAGUUUAGCAGAGCAGCAGCACUAGAGAGAGCAGGCAUGCCGUGUAGAGGGCACAGUCUUGUGGGUAUCUCCUAUAAAAAGCAGAGUGUGAGGUGUUGAUCCCUUAGAGGGUGUGGUUUUUGCAGCUCGCUCCCAGGACAUGGGUAUCCCAGAGCAACAGUGUUUGCUGGUGUUUAUGUAUGACGAGCUCUAGAGUGGGCAGUGGAGUGGGCAGGAGCCUGGUACUGGGCAGCAGUGGACAGCACGUUUGAAAAAUGGCCUUAUCACGCACUGAAUGAAGAAAAGCUGGACAUUUACCCUUAAACUGGGGGGAAAAUAGCUUUCCUGUAUUUUUUAAAAUCUGGAAUACACAAGUCUUUACACAUGAAAAAUAGGAAACAGAGUGUAUGAGUGGUUAUUCGAGGCCUUCCUUAUCUAGAAAUCUACUAUUUGGGAGUCUUUUUUUUUUUUCCUUUUUUUUUUUUUUCCCUGUUUUUGCUGGCCUUGUGAAUUCACAGAAUAGUCUUGCAAGUUGAAUGGAAACAGCUACUACCGAGUCCCUUACUGCUUAUUUUUAUUUUUGUUCUCCCUCGCUUUCCCUUCUUUGCUUCAUUUUAAUUUUGUUGUUUUUCAGCAUGUAAUUUACAUUCGAGCCUCUGCACAUUUUUUUUUUUCCUUUUUUCUUCACUCUGGAAAUCUUAACAUGCAGACGUUUAUGUGACUGCUUUUUUUUUUUUUGCCUCACAAUUAUGCUGUGAAUUUUAGGAGAGUUUAUUUUCCCUUUUGAUAAUUUAUUGUACCAAAGCAGUUUUUUUUUAUAGCACAUAGAUGUCUGUAACCAAUAAUGUAGCAGUUGUGCACUUUGAAACAAGGUGUAUCAGAUUUUUUUUAAAUGUCAGUAAAAUGGCUGUAUCUAUUGCUUUAUUGAAACUGGAACUGUUGUUAAUGCGGCAUAUUUACUGAGAGCUGGAUCCCGAACAGUGUCCCCUUUUUUUUUUUUUUUUUCUUCCCAUAUUUGAAUCGGGGGAAAAACAGCUGAAUCACAACUUUUCUGUUGUAGAUUUUAGUUUUGCUUCAUUCUGUGAGGUGGAGGGAGGGUCGAUGCCCGUGCCAUUGCCUGCUCUGCGGGUUCCAGAGCUCCAGGGUGGCCACUGAACAACUUGACGUGAGGACAAGAAGCGGUGCGCUGCAUAAUCCAGUUUAGACUCCAAUUUCUGAGGUGCCCCGUUAUCUGGGUUCCACUGCCUUAAGUGUACAGCAGCGUGCUUUCAUAAACAAACUGUGCAGAAAGUGCACCAAACAAAAUGUGCAGCCCCUGCCAGCUCAGCAAGCAUUGUGCGAGUUCACAUCCAACCUUCACGAGCUCCGAUAAGAUUUCCAGAUUGGCUCUUGGUAGCUCAGGAGCUGGGUUCGACGUGUGAGCACAGCCUGGUCUACUAAAGUCGUUUCUCUGUAUUUUUUAUUUUUAUUUUUUCUUUCGCUAAAAGUACCUUCAUACCCCGUCCUGCUUUCAUGCUACAUCUCUUGCUUUCACCACAUGAGUUUGAUUGAUGCCUAUAAAUACAAGGUAAAUGGUCCUAUAGGGUUCUUGUUCUUGGCCAGCAGCAAAGGACAGCUAAAGGGAGGAGUCCAUGGAAAAACCCAGGCUUCAGGUGUUUACUUUGUGACCCCAUUUUAAUAGCUGAAAUAGAAUUUAUGUACAUAUUUAUAUUUUUUUAAAUAAAGGAAGUUUAGAACUCA